AUGGCCGAAAACUUUCCCAAUUACCCUUCUUCCGGGGAACAUGCCGAUAAUAGCUACUCAUCACAGAAGCCGAUACCCGACACCGUCGGGCCCGCUGGCACUGUCAACACUCGCGUCCCACUCUUGACACUACGCUCCGUGAUCAUGGGCGCCUUCGUUUCUAUAGGAGGUUUUCUCUUCGGGUACGACACGGGUCAGAUCUCGGGCUUCCAGGACAUGUCUAAUUACCUGGAACGCUACGGGCAAGUGGACUCGCACGGCACUUGGAUGUUCUCGAAUGUCCGCGCUGGCCUGAUCGUCGGUCUGCUGUCGAUUGGAACCCUCGUCGGUGCUCUUGUAGCUGCGCCGAUUGCUGACCGCAUCGGACGCAAGUGGUCCAUCAGCAUCUGGUCUGCUAUUCUCAUCGUUGGUGUAAUCGUACAGAUCACAUCCCCGAAUCGCCAUUGGUGGCAGAUGGUUGUAGGCCGUUGGGUCACUGGUCUAGGUGUUGGUGGAUGCUCUCUCGUUGUCCCGAUGUAUCAGGGAGAGAGUGCGCCUCGGCAGGUCCGUGGUGCCUUGAUCUGUUGCUACCAGCUCUUCAUUACCAUGGGUAUCUUUGUCGCAUAUCUGAUCAACCUUGGCACAAAUCAUCUAGAUGGUACUGCCCAGUGGAGAAUCACUCUUGGUCUCACCGUAGUCUUUGCUCUCUUCCUAGGAGGUGGCAUCGCUUUCUUCCCCGAGACUCCGCGGUAUCAGUACCGCAUGGGCCAAGUCGAUUCGGCCCGUGCCACAAUGGCCAAGUUCUAUGGCGUGCCUGAGAACCACGUGCGGAUCCUCGAAGAGUUGGAAGAGAUCCAAGAUCAAAUAGCCAAGGAGACCGAGGAUCAAGCAUGGCACGAGAUCUUCACAGCCCCCGCUAUGGGAUACCGCCUCGUCCUUGGGAUGGUCCUGCAAGCCUUGCAACAGCUUACUGGCGCCAACUACUACUUCUACUUCGGUACGACAAUAUUCCAGGGUGCGGGCAUUGACAACUCUUUUGCCACUCAGUGUAUCCUUGGUGCCGUCAAUUUCGGUUGCACUUUUGGCGGAUUGUAUGCCAUUGAGAACUUUGGACGUCGGAAGUCCCUCAUCACCGGCGGCAUUCUCAUGUUUAUUUUCUUCAUCAUCUUCGCUACCGUCGGUCAUUUUUCCUUGGACUAUAACCACCCUAAGAACACGCCCAAUUCGGGAAAGGGGAUGAUUGUUGUCGCUUGUCUUUUCAUUGCGUCGUACGCCACUACCUGGGGCCCAAUGAUCUGGGCCCUCAUCGCCGAAAUUUAUCCUAUGAAAUACCGCGCAAGGGGCAUGGCUCUUGCUACGGCAUCGAACUGGCUUUGGAAUUUCUUGAUCGGUUUCUUUACCCCAUUCAUUAGAUCGGCCAUCGAUUUCAGAUAUGGUUAUGUCUUCGCCGGGUGCCUGUUCCUUGCUGUCCUCGUGGUAUACUUCUGUGUCAUUGAGACCAAGGGACGUACAUUGGAAGAGAUUGAUUUCAUGUACUCCAACAAGGUUCUGGCGUGGAAGAGCAGCAAGUAUGAGCUUCCCCCCGCGAAUAUCUGGGGACAUACUCAGGAGUCUGGGCAUGAGGAAUCGUACGAGGAUAAGGGAGCUUACCAUGCUGAGCAGGCGUAA